GUCAGCGAUAUUGUUGUCUUUGGUGAUACGAUUUAAAAAUUUCGAUUUUAUUAAAAAACAUUGUUUUGUGUUGUUCACAUUCCGCUAUCGUUCGUAUAGUUGUUUGCUGUAAAUAAAAUUUCAAAUCUAAACUUUCAAGUGAAAAUGGCUGCCUUAAUCGUACAAUCGCGUUUUGCUGGUCUUAACAUUGAAGAUGACGAUUUUCCCACAACGAGUUGCGCCCAAAAGCCCAAGAAAACCAAAGUAGAAAAUAAUAAAAAGUGCGAAGUAUCUAAAAAAACAAAAGCUAAUGGCAACAAGUCUCAGAAUGCAAAUAAGAAAAAAAAGCAGAAGGCCAAUGGGCCAACACCGGAGCAGUGGGAGCAAUGGAAAGAAAAGGAUGAGGAACUUGUCGAUGGUAAUUUUGAAACUGAAUUACAACAAGCAAUUCUUUUAUCCAAGCUUGAUUAUGAAGAAAAGAAAGAUGUGUACAAACAAGUGAAGAAGGAUGCAGAAAUGGAGAAGAAAAUGGAAUCAAUCCGUGUGAAUAAUAAAAAAAUGAAGAAGAAAAAUGUCAUGAGCUUGGAUCAAUUUAAUGAAAUGGUCAAUCCUACAGAAGAUACUAAAAACAUUAAAAAUAAUGAAAUAGUAGAAGAAAAAUGUAUUAAUAAAGACACAGAGUUUUUCGAAAGAAUAAAAGAUGACACUAAAAAUGAAUUGCUCAGAGAGAAAAUUAAUGAUAGAAUUAAAAACCAACACUCUGUAUCUGAUGAAGUUUUGUCUAGAGUACAGUUUGCUGAUGCUUUGGAUAAGAAGAAUCAAGAAAUAGCAGCAUUACGCGAGGAACUUGUUACUCUGAAACAGGAAUUACACACAGUUAAAACAAGAAAUAAAAAGCUAUGUAAUAUUCUUGGCCAAGGAGAAAUGAAAGACAAAGCAGAAUUACUAAUAGAUGUGGAGAGACUGCACACAGUGAACUCUGAACUGACUGCCGAGUUGGCAUCACUACACUCUGAUCUCGAGAAGGAACGUUCCAGACACACCGAUACUAAAUCUAGAGAUAAGAAAUAUCCAAAUAAAAAGAAAAGCAUCCGAUUCGAUGUCUCGUCAGAAGCCCUCGUUAACAAGGAGGCUGGUUGCGGGACGGAAUGACAAACAGAUAUUGUUGACAUAUGUAUACAAAAAGCAGCUGUUUAAUGUAAAGAUACAAAAUAUGUGUACAGAUGAAUAAGUUCACUUUUUAACCCAACAAUUGUAGGCUGAUAGUAUUUGUUAUUUAAUUUUACUGACCAUAUUGCUAAUUUCACACGAGGGUAGAACAGUGAGGCAAUGUGGUAGAGCAUUGCAAAACAGUACUUUAUUUCCUACUGUUUUCUUCACUGCGCUGUCUUUCUCUGUAAAAUGUGGUCUACCCUUAACACUUUUAAAGCCUAAUUAAAUUAGUGAAAAAAAAAAGUCUACCAUCAUUGGGUUUAAAAUCGAGACCUUGUUUUUUAAUGAUUAAAAUAAAA